AUGGUGCACACCCCUGUGUCGGCUCUUGGCGUGGGAUGCUGCUGCAGAUGCUGGGGUGAGAGAGGUGUGGAACACGGCUGCCUGCAGAGGAUUCCCAGGGAAGACACGUCUGGCUCAGCAUUCACAGACCAGAAGAUCCCCACAGGAGAUGUCGAAAUGCCCAUAGUGAUCGUGGGAGACGUGGCGUACCCCCCAAUGCCAGGGCUCAUCAAGUUGUACAUGGGAAACCUGGAUAGCAACAUUUGUCCUGCGACCAUCACGCUAGCCCCAGGGCUAUACAGGAAGUCGGGGAACGUACGGUCUAUGCAGGAAACACCGUUCUGGUUCAGUGUUGGACACCUUCUCUCCUACACCAUGUCAGAUUCCAACUCAACCGAUUUCACAAACCCAUCCACCUUCAUUCUGCUGGGCAUUCCUGGCCUGGAGGCAGCCCAUGUCUGGAUCUCCAUUCCCUUCUGCACCAUGUACGCCAUAGCCAUCUUGGGGAACUUCACCAUCCUGUUCAUCAUAAAGAUGGACCUGAGACUCCAUGGGCCCAUGUACUAUUUCCUCUGCAUGCUCGCUUUCACCGACCUGGUCCUGUCUACAUCCAUUCUGCCCAAAAUGCUGAGCAUCUUCUGGUUCAAUUCCAGGGAGAUCAAUUUCAGUGCCUGCCUCACUCAGAUGUACUUCAUUCUCAGCUUCUUUUUGAUAGGGUCUGGAAUCCUCGUGGCCAUGGCUUUUGAUCGCUACGUGGCCAUCUGCUAUCCCCUGAGACAUUCAACCACUCUGACAAACCCUGUGGUGGCCAAAAUUGGCCUGGCCGUGGUGCUGCGUGGCAUCAUGCUCAUACUGCCCUAUCCCUUCCUGGCAAGGAGGUGGCCAUAUUGCAGAACUAACAUCAUUCCAAAUACCUACUGUGAGCACAUUGCUGUGGUGAAGCUGGCCUGCACCGACAUCAGCGUCAGUAGUUACUACAGCCUCUCUGUGGCAUUCUUGGUGAUAGGUAUGGAUGUGUUUUUUAUUGCCAUAUCCUACACCCAGAUCCUCAGGGCCAUCUUCAGCCUCCCAACAAAGGACGCCCGCCUCAAGACUUUUGGGACCUGCGGCUCCCACCUCUGUGUCAUCUUAGCCUUUUACAUCCCACAUCUCUUCGCCGCCCUCACGCAACGGUUUGGGCACAAUGUGGCCCUGCAUUUGCGUGUUCUCAUGGCCAACAUGUACGUGCUGGUGCCCCCCAUGCUAAACCCCAUCAUCUAUGGGGUGAAGACCCAGGAGAUCCGGGAUAGGCUGCUCCAGCUCUUUACUCAGAAAGGGACCUAA